AUGGAGAAGAAGAAAGCCUUGCGACGAGCUGGUGUGGACGACCCCAUUUGGAUGAAGUUCUACUUCACGAUGGGAUUGAAUAACGACAUUGUUAAGACUAUCUUCAUCACCAACUAUGAGUCUCUCAAAGACCUCAUUACUGCUAUCAAGGAAAUACAAGAACUCAAGAAGUCCAAGACUUCUUCACCCCGUGAAUACUUUGUGACGACCAAGCUCCACGAUGAUGAGCAUGAGGAUGGUACCACCAAGAUGUCCAAGCCCGACGAGCUCCAAGAUUCUGACAACGACUUGAUCGUACCGAUAGACACGCGUGGCACAGCUUCUUUCCACACCCCGCGGCUGAAGCUGCUGCAGAAUCCUCAAACCAAUCAACCACCAUCCAUCACCGGAGAGCAGAGCAAGAAAAUUCUGUGGACGUUCUGCCCGUCCGCCAAACCCCUUCCGCGCGCCGCCUCCCUCUCCCGCAACCCUGCGGAUCUCUUUCAGCAGCAGCAAGCAGAGCAGCGAGAGGAGCCCGCCAUGGCCAUGGUCGCCUCCACCUCCAUCGCCUACCACAAGCCGCGUUUGUCGGUGCUGUGCAGGAAGAAGGACCGGGACAGGGAGCUGGAGCGGGAGAAGGAGCACAAGCACCCCUUCAAGGUCGUCGAGAUCACGCCGCCGCCGCGGUGCCUCGGCGUCCGCUGCUUUCCCACGAACAUCCACUGCGGGGAGAGCGUGACGAUCGAAGGGCAGGCGUACACGGUGUCGGCGGUGACGCACCGGUACCAGCUGCGCAAGGGGCGGUACGAGCCGAGCGAGAAGCGCCUCGACGUCCUCUCCACCGGCAGAUACAUCCUCAACCUCUACCUCGACAGCCUCCUCGACAAGUCCUAGAUAAUAUACUACCACCACCACCACCACCACCACUACUACUACAGAUUUAUCUAUUCCAGCAAAUUAGUACUGUACGUACGCUACUUGUGUGAUGAUAUAAAAAUGCUUACACAGCAAAAA